UACCGCUUGACUACUGUCAACAAACUACCAAAACUCGUACCGUGUAGCGAGGUUGACUAGAUAUCUUUCAAACAGGAAGAUGAAAGUGCUGCUGGCGGUAGUUAAACGCCUUCAUAGACCAGCUGUGUGCUACAGUACCCGGCGUGCCCUCAGCUCCUCUGCCGGCAGCGGAGGCCUGUUAGCCGCGGAGGAGACAGACACGGCUGUGGUCGUCGCAUCCAGCCAAGAGCUUCUCCAGAGAAUCGGCUCGCAGGUGGAGGUGAGGACGGGCUUCAUCAGCGAGAAGGAGGAGGAAGCUUUUCUGCGAGAGGUGGAGUUAGGCUUGAAGAAGAAACGCUACCAAUUUGACCACUGGGACGAUGCUAUUCACGGGUAUCGAGAGACUGAGCGUCUUAGCUGGGGGGCAGAGUGUGAGGAGGUCUUAACUCGUGUCCGAUCUACAGCUUUUGCUGAGGGUAGCCCACUCCUCGGGCCUGUGCACGUCCUAGACCUGGACAAGACUGGCUACAUCAAGCCUCAUAUCGACAGCGUCAAGUUUUGUGGCACCACUAUUGCUGGUUUGAGUCUCCUGUCGGACAGCAUCAUGCGCUUGGUAAAGGAGAAUUCCAGCAGUGAGUGGCUGGACAUGCUGCUGCCCCGACGCUCCCUCUACAUACUGAGGGACCAGGCCAGAUAUGACUUCACUCAUGAGAUCCUAAAAGAUGAGGAGUCUGUGUUCAAUGGACAGAAAGUGCCUCGCCAGCGCCGGAUUGCCAUCAUCUGUCGAAACCUUCCGGGCUAACACACACAUCUACUCAGCUUGGAUGUUACCAGAAAAUAACCUGAGCUCUGAGGAUUGUGUCAAUGACGUGCAUGUCUUUCAGUUAAUAUACAAUUGUUGUAUGAUGAAGUGUCCAGGACAUUUAUUGUAGUUGGCACUCUACGCUGUGCUAUGGACGAGUGUUGAUUGGGGUUAUCAACUGAACGAUCCCUUGACUAUCAUGACUUCAUUCACUGCAGCUUUUUUAAAGUCAAGCAAUGACUAAUUUAAGUUCCUACACGUCCUCCCACAACAACUGCACUAUCUUUGCUGUAGUUUUUAAAUAAUUUAAAUGACCUCCCACUGCUGGAGGACAGCGACAUGCCGAAAGAUAAGAAUCUAAGCUAUGUAUAAAAUAUUUGCUUAUACAAAUUUUAGUUCCACGUUAAAAGGCAGAUGAGGUCCUUUGAUUCUUUGAUAGAUACUGUAUAUAUAUCACUUUGGUGUGUUUCACAGAGGCAGCCUUUGUGAAAUAUUUUGCACUUUACCAAAUAAAGUCAAAGUGAACUUGGA